AUGGAAUUGACAACAGAUGGAAAUCAUCUCGCCGAUAAUCAGGCAAUCCAAGAGCAAUAUGCCACCGGGUACUCUUAUAACGCAGCUGCCACGGUUUACAUGGCAAAAAGGUAUCAUGCCAUGGAAUACGAAUUUAAUACCGGGCUCCCAAUCAACCCAGGUCUUCUUCCCAACUUUACUACCGAAUGUCCGUCAUCGAAUUGCAGCAGCAUUGACACCCCACCUUACCCACCAACUACCUGGUCACCAUCAGAGCCUUCUGUGGCGUCCCUCUCGUCUCCAUAUGAGGUGCACUUGGAAAAGAUGGGCUUUGCUGCCAGAACUGAAUAUCCUUUAGACGACACCGAUGAAGUAUUGCAAGGGCUCGGGCUAUAUGACUGUCCGGAGCUUGCAACUGAUUGUGGGUCUCUGGACGAGCUCUGUUCAAGCUACCUUGGUUUGGGGAAGGGUUUAAAGCUUGAGGAGAGUUUCGAGUUCAAAGAAUAUUCGGAUGAUGAAGAGGACGAAGAGGACGAAGAGGAGUACGAUGAAAACUAA